GCCACAAUUCCACGCGUUUUGAAGAUACAUGUUAGAGACCGGAUCCUGUGACGCAACCACAACAGCAAGUCAGACGGUUUGACAGCCCAACUGCCAUUCUCCGUAUGCUCUAGUUGCUGGCAGUCUUGUACCAAGAAACCGAGAAUCAGCUUUCUGAAAAAGCCGGUGGCAGCGCCCAAGUACCGCUCCUACCACGCGACAAUGCUAGACCUCCCGAAACGAUUGCCCACUGGCAAGGCCCUGCUCUUCUGGCCUGCCUUUGCCUGAUCUCAGUCGCUCGAACCGCGCUAAAGGCGAUCAUGGGAUGCUGAUUUGAGUCUCUGAGCAGACCAGGAUGUGCUCAAUACACCAACUGGUCCUGAACCUGGGUGGUGCGGCGGAACACCUAGCCGUCGUCAACCUCACUGACUGCCGACUAUUCGCAAGUCGUGGUCUCCAACUGAGGCAAGCAGGCUGGUCCACUGUCGUCGCCGACUGUGGCGAGCGUGCUUGUGGAAGGUUGCAACAAGUACACUGGAGACCCUCGUCUACAGAUCAGCUGUAUGGGAGGGUACUCUUUCCUCUGAGCGCUGCCGUAGUUCUGUUUGCAGACAGGCUCGGCGGCAUCAAAGCCGCUGCCAGUGUCACUGCCGGGAUACUACGAUUCUCGCCCAUAGUUGAUUCAGUCACGCCGCCGUCGCUAUUAGUCCUUUGCCGAAAAGAGACAUGUUCCGAAGAUGCCUUCUCGCAUCAUCUCACUACCGAACUUCUGUGUGCGCUUCGCGAGGCCCAUCCAGAGGAAUCCCGCAGCUUCAGCGAGGUCCGCCAAAUGUGGUCGUCUCGUGUUCGCCACAUCCGCAUCAUCACGCAGCCGGGUUCUCAGUGUUGGCCCGAGGUCAGUCAGGCGGCUGAACAAACAUCAAAUAUCCGUUACAACGAAGGAUAUGGCCUUUCGGGCUGCCAGUUCCGGCGGCUACUGUGCCACGCCAUGGAGUAUUUCGACCAGGGAAGCGACGAUACCUUCGACAUUCUCCAAGCCCUUGGCGUGCAGAACCCUGUGACUGACCACGCCAGAGUGUACCUCGGGGCCCUUCUGCGACAAAAACAGGGAACUCAAGAAGAGCGAAUCAAAGUAGCAGCAUCAUGUCUGGCUUUCAACGCAUACAGAGGAAACGCAUAUGUGUCCCACCCUGGGACGGUGGUACAGGCCCUCGCCAGUCGACUUCUGCGUACUAUCGUCGACGAUUACGAUUCAAUAAUGGGAGUACUGCGACACUAUUUCGUCAAGGUCGUUCAACAGCAUAUGGCACGAGAAAGCACAAUAGCCGAGCAACACCUCACACUUAUGCGCACCCUCCGAGACAAAGUGCCGGGCUGUAGCCUAUGCUUGCUUAGGACCCCGGUUCACAUGUUGACCUGUGGGCACGAGCUUUGCGAUCACUGUGCAGGAGCACUUCGCGAGUGCCCUAAACUGGAACGAUGUCGGCUUUGCAAAGCUGUCAAUUACAGCGCCCUUCCUGUCAGUCCGAAUGUUGCAGGCCCUCGGGCUCUUGUGGUCUCGGGGUCUGCUAUUUCAGCUGUGAGAUUUCUCUUAAAAAUAAGGAAAUUGCUUUUCGGGCAUCUAGAGGAUUACUUUGACCUCAUUGCAAGUUCGGAGCCCGCAGCUAUCGUUCUCGCCGAGUAUUUCGGACAUCAGAAAUCUCUCCAGCAGUGCCUUGAGCUCGCUGAUACGCUUCAGAAGCGGCCGACCUGGUUCAGGAGAAGAGCCGCCUUACCGAAGAGCCGGGCCCGUCUCUUGGUCCUAGCGGGAAAUAGAGUGCAUAGCAAUUACGGCAUUAGCAGCUUAGACGAUGGGCAGCGCCGUCAGCUUCUCUCCCGACUCCGGCAUGCAUGGCACAGCGAUGGCGAAAGCGAGAGCUUUACUAGACGGAUCGCCCAGUCAGAAACGCACACCAUCUGGGGUCGACGCGGCUUUUUGACGAUCGAACAUCAUCGAGGAGCGGCGAGAUUGUUUUCUAGCGGCGAGAUCAAGACCUCUGCAGGAAAGAUGUUUGCUGCCUUGUUCUUCCUCCGCCUGCAAAGAGCUCGCCCCACCAAUACCCAGCUACCGAUCAUGCUGGACCUUGAGGUGGCCUGCCGGCUACCUGCGGGAGAACACCUGAACGCAGUAGUACACGCCCUUCUGGACCACCAAGUUCAGCUCUAUUGGAGCCUACCAAGUGGGCGUCUUCCAAUGCGCAUGUGUGAUCGAAAGUCCUGGAUUAGAGCAGCAAAAUUCGACGAGCCUCUCAGAUGGGGACUGCGGGUGGAAUCACCGUCAGAAAAUACACAAAUUCAGGUGCACAUAGACAACAUAUACGCUCUUGGAGAGAAAGAAGAGGUUGGGAACUCUUCCCGUACUGUGACAGACUUCCUUACAGAGGCACGCGACGAUUCCCGCAAAGACGGUGACAGCGACCCCCGCGUAGGCCCCGCAAGCUGCGACGCAGGGGCAGCUUACUCACAUUUUGAACACUCAUCCAGUCACAUCGAUGAUGGCGCGGCGAGCUCAAAGGGCCAGCUGGGGCAGUUCGGCAAAUCUAUGAAGCAACUCGUGGAUCAGGACGAGGAGUCAGUGGUGACUGAAUUCGACCUUGACAGCCAACUUGUAUCGUCAGCAACGUGCACGCAGUUCAGUGGACUCGAGAGCGAACUGGACGAUCUUGGCAGUGAAUUGGAGAGCAUUCUAAGACAAUGGGACUAGAUUCAAUAACAU